CGGCGGCUCGGCGCUCCGCGGCCCCCGCGGCGGCUGCUGCUGCUGCGGGUGCUGCUGCUACUGCGGCUCCUGCUGCCGCCGCCGCUGGGCCUCCGGCAGCUACAUCCUUGGCCCGGGCCGGGUCCGCGCCCCGCGCCCCGCGCGGCCCCGCCAUGGUGUCCUGGAUCAUCUCUCGCCUGGUGGUGCUCAUCUUUGGCACCCUGUACCCCGCCUAUUCUUCCUACAAGGCCGUGAAGACGAAAAACGUGAAGGAAUAUGUGAAGUGGAUGAUGUACUGGAUCGUCUUUGCCUUCUUCACCACGGCUGAGACCCUCACAGACAUCGUGCUCUCUUGGUUUCCCUUCUACUUUGAGCUGAAGAUCGCCUUUGUGAUAUGGCUGCUGUCCCCUUACACCAAAGGCUCCAGCGUGCUCUACCGCAAGUUCGUGCACCCGACACUGUCCAACAAGGAGAAGGAAAUCGACGAGUACAUCACACAGGCCCGAGACAAGAGCUACGAGACCAUGAUGAGGGUGGGCAAGAGGGGUCUGAACCUGGCCGCCAAUGCCGCAGUCACGGCUGCUGCCAAGGGCCAGGGGGUGCUGUCAGAGAAGCUGCGAAGCUUCAGCAUGCAGGACCUGACCCUGAUCCGGGACGAGGAUGCGCUGCCCCUGCAGGGGCCUGACGGCCGCCUCAGACCCGGCCCUGGCGGCCUCCUGGACACCAUUGAGGACUUAGGAGAUGACCCUGCCCUGAGUUUAAGGUCAGGCCCGAACCAGCCAGAUCACCGGACAGAGAUCUCCGAGGAUGACACGGGAGACAAGGCUCCUAAGAAGGCCAAACCCAUCAAAAAAGUGCCCAAAGCUGAGCCACUGGCCUCCAAGACGCUGAAGACCCGGCCCAAGAAGAAGACGUCCGCCGGGGGCGACUCAGCCUGAGGCCCCAGCCCCCCAGGCUGCAGACCCGGCUCCACACUGUACCAGUAGCCCUCACGCCUCGGGCCCCAGGGCCUCUCGGAUGGCUGUUUCCCGUCCUGCCCCGUGGCCGCUCCUCUGGAAGGGCUUGGAUUAAUGGAGGGAGGCCCUGCUGUGGGGGUUGAGGGUAGAGGCUGGACCCGGAGCUGAGGACUGAGCCACCCAAGGAGGUGCAGGCGCCUCAGAGCCUGAAUGCUACUGUCCCCGCUCCAGCCCUGCCCCCACCCACCCAGUGCCUUGCUGAAGACCGUGGCCGUCCCCUUGUCCGAAGCCCUAACACGGCCCCCACUGCUCUCCCUGGGUCAGGCUCAAGGUCAGGGGCCAGUCACAGCCCAGAUUUACCAGAGACAGGCCUGAAGGCUUGGCGACAGAGGGAGGCCGCGGGGAAAGCCUCGGAGAACCUGGGCAGGGGCUCUGGGCCCAAGGCUGUGAGCGGAGGACAGAGGCUUAGUAUGCGCUUAAGUGACCAGGAGGGCCAGGCCAGAGCUGCAGCUGGGGGCUGUGUGCCCACUGAAAAGAAGUGGGGUCCGGGGUGUGUGUGCGUGUGUCUGCGUGUGUGCGCGCGUGUGUGUCUCUUUCUGGAUCUAGGGCUGGGGAUUCAGAGCAAGGGCCUUUCCCUCCAGCAGUUACUCCCUCCGCCCUCGGCCAGCUGACCCUUUCCCCCCUCAGCCCUUCCUCCUCCUCUUGGACCGCAGAGGACCCCAGCCCCUGGGACUGUAGGGCUCUGAGGGGCCUCUCACCUCCUCUGCCCUCGAGCCCCUCCCUCUCCGCCCCCUGCGUUCCUGCCCUGCUCCUGGGCCGGGCUCCUUCCUCCUCAGGGCCCUCCUAGAGGCCCCUGCUGAGCGGAUUCCUUCCCUCCUCACCUGGGGCCCACCUUCCUCCCCCAGGGUCCUCUUCCUGUGCCAAGCAGACUAGGCCGCCUGUCAGCAGACCCCUGUCAGAGCCCAGCCUUUGCCCCUCACUCUGCCCCAGCCUCUGCCGUGGCUUCGCUUAGGGCCAGGAGGAAUGUGUGAGGAAGGGAAAGACGUGUAGGAGCCAGGGGGCUCUCAAUCCCAUGGAAAGAGGGUGCCCCGUGGACCUUUGGCACUGGAUGAGCCAAUAAACCAAACUCUGGCACCUCA